AUGUCGACUCCAUCCACCUCGACCCUAUCCGCCGUCGACCACCCUUCCCCUGUCGCUCCACCUACCGCGUCCGACGUCGCGCGCGCAGCCAUCUCGCGCGCCGAGCCCGACUUUUCGUUCAAGACGCUCCCCGGCGCCCUCACCCGCCGCCAGACGUCGCCCAACGCGCCAAAGGGCCGCCUCGUCGUCAAGCUCAUCUCGGCCCGCCACCUGUCACCGCCCUCGCACGCCUCGCGCCCGUACGUCGUCGUCACUUUCGACCAGAACGAGUUCGUCUCGCGCGAGCCCGUCCACGAGGAGGGCGACGAGGCCGUCGGCAUCGCCAAGCCCAAGCCCGCCCAGCUCAAGUCGCCGUCGAGCGCGCUCGGCAGGUCGCUCGAGGGCUACCGCAACGGCCUGUCGCCGAGUUCCGCGAGCGCGAGCGCGUCGGCCGGCGGCGCCGAGUCGUUGGCGACGCCCGGCCGGUCCGAGCGCCCGUCCCUCUCGCCCGUCAACACGGGCGUGUGGAACCCGAACGACGACCCGACUACGCCGACCGGCGCAGGUCCCGAGCCGCAGGGCGGCAUCCUCGGCGUCGGCGACGACUCGAUGGCGUACAACCCGACGUGGAAGCACGAGGUCCAGUUCGACGUCAUGAACGAGAAGAGCGUCCUCCAGGUCCAGAUCUACGACCGCUCGAUCGAGGAGGAGUGCUUCCUCGGCCAGUGCGAGAUCCGGCCCAAACUCGUCAACAACCACACGGUCGACCAGUGGUUCCCGCUCACGGCCCGACCGGGCGAGGACCACGAGGUGACGGGCGAGAUCCGCGUCCAGAUUCGCUACGAGAAGGCCGACGCCAAGAAGGGCCUGCACCCGAACGACUUCGACUUCCUGCGCAUGAUCGGCAAGGGCACGUUCGGCCGCGUCUUCCAGGUGCGCAAAAAGGACACGCGGCGCAUCUACGCCAUGAAGGUCCUGUCGAAGCGCGAGAUUGUCGCCAAGAAGGAGGUGGCGCACACGAUCGGCGAGCGCAAGAUCCUGCAGCGCUCGAGCGACUCGCCGUUCCUCCUCGGCCUCAAGUUCUCGUUCCAGACCGAGACCGACCUGUACCUCGUCAUGGACUACAAGUCGGGCGGCGAGCUGUUCCACCACCUGCAGAAGGAGGGCCGGUUCACCGAGGACCGUGCGCGGUUCUACACGGCCGAGAUCGUCCUCGCGUUCGAGCACCUGCACAAGUUCGACAUCGUCUACCGUGACCUCAAGCCCGAGAACAUCCUCCUCGACGCGACGGGCCACAUCGUCCUAUGCGACUUUGGCCUGUCCAAGCCCGACCUGCCGUCAGACGCCCUCACCAACACGUUCUGCGGCACGACCGAGUACCUCGCACCCGAGGUCCUCCUCGACGACAACGGCUACUCCAAGAUCGUCGACUUCUGGUCUCUCGGCGUCCUCCUGUUCGAGAUGUGCUGCGGCUGGUCGCCAUUCUACGCCGAGGACACGCAGCAGAUGUACAAGCUCAUCUGUUUCGGCAAGGUCAAGUUCCCGCGAGGCGUCAUUGGCGAGGACGGCAAGCAGUUCGUCAAGGGCCUCCUCAACCGCAACCCGAAGCACCGCCUCGGCGCACAGCGCGACGCCGCCGAGCUCAAGGAGCACCCCUUCUUCAAGUCGAUCGACUGGGACCUCCUCGCCAAGCGCCAGAUCCCGCCGCCGUUCAAGCCCUACGUCGACUCGGACGAGUCGGUCGCCAACUUUGACCCCGAGUUCACCGAGGCCAACCUGUUUGACGAGGCGCCGCACGACGUCGAGUGGGACGACGACGACCCGUCGGCCGACUGGAUCGACCGCGCGCGCAUGCUCGGCGGCCGGUCGCACGACCACGGCGGGGCAGGGCACAAAGAGGGAGCAGGAGCUGGAGGUGCACCGGCGCCGGCGCCGCUCGAGAUCAAGCAGCAGCAGCGCACGAGCCGGCCGGCGGCGCAGCCUCUGUCGAGCUCGAUGCAGGAGAACUUCCGCGGCUUCACCUUCUCGGGCGAGACCGAGUCGAUGAUUCACCAUGCGGCGGGCGGGUUCAGCCGACUCGGCCUCGAGGAGGACGACGACCCUGCGGCGCCGGGCCAGAUGAACGACGAGGACCGACGGCGGUUGUCGGGCGAGUCGACCCGGCGGCAGGGCAAGAACGGCGGCGCAGGGGGAGCGGGAGGAGGCGACGACGAGUGGGAGGACGAGCGGUAGAGUGCGCCCUCUCUCGACCGCGUGCGUCGGCCCUCGACGGUGAGAGGCUCGACGAUGAUGGUGCGCAGCAGCGACGGCGAUGGCGACGACGCCAAAUACACCCACGGACCCUCCUUUUCCUCUUUCCUUCCCCCUCCUCCUCCCCUUCCACCCCCCUCGAUUUCCCUGUGCAUGCCUUCUCUCUCGCAGCGACCCGUAUUUUCCUCCCCUUUCCUUGUCCAGCAUCUUCCCCUCUUUCUCCCUCUGUUCAUUCGUCUCUUUCCGCACGAGCGCAAGAUGCUCGUUCCUCCUCCUCCUCCUCGCACCCUUCGUAGCAUGAUCCCUCUCCCUUCUCGUUACUCUCGCGAAGGCGGAAUGUACUCUCUUGCGACGUCCACCUCUCGUCGCGCUCGUC